GUUCCCACGCCGGGACACGUUAGUGGGGCAAUUUUAGAGCUUCUUCUGUCGCUAGAACGCAAAUUUUUUUGUCGGCCAAUUCUCGCCCGUGGAUACCCUGAGGUGGCUAAUGGAAUAUAAAUGAGGCACGCUGAGCUACCAAUACACUUUCUUUUUGUGAGUCGAAACGAAACAACACAUAUCUAGAUGUUCAGAUUUUUAUUCGGAUUCGCGGUGCUAGUUGGAGUCGCCUUCGGGCAAUGGAAUCCCAACUACGCUCCGGACCGUUACGGUAUAGUUCACUUGUUUGAAUGGCAUUGGGGCACAAUCGCUGAUGAAUGUGAAAAUUUCUUGGCACCAAACAAAAUCGGUGGUGUACAGACCUCGCCUCCAAAUGAAAAUCGUAUCGUUGACACCAGACCAUGGUGGGAAAGAUAUCAACCUGUAUCCUACGUGCUUGGUACCAGAUCAGGUGACAGAGCAGCUUUCAUUGACAUGGUGGACAGAUGUAACGCUGUCGGAGUCAGAAUUUAUCCGGACAUUGUUAUUAAUCACAUGUGUGGCAACGGUGGCGCUCCUUCAACCGGUACCGCCGGAAGUUGGUUCAACCCGGAUAAAAACAAUCCUGAAUUCCCAUCCGUACCUUUCGGCGUAAACGACUUCAAUCAGGGAAAUUGUCACACCGCUAAUGGGGAGAUAAACAAUUAUGGAGAUGCUGAUCAGGUGCGCAACUGCAUGUUGGUUGGACUUCUCGAUUUAAACCAAAGAACCGACUACGUCAGAGGUAAAAUCAUCGAUUAUAUGAAUGACCUCAUUAACAUCGGAGUUGCCGGAUUCAGGGUGGACGCCUGCAAGCACAUGUAUCCUGGGGAUUUGCAAGUCAUCUUUGACUCUUUAUCAAAUUUAAACACAGCAAAGGGAUUCCCUGCCGGAUCCAGAGCUUUCAUGUUCUCGGAGGUCAUCGACCAAGGGGGUGAACCUAUCUCUGCGAGUCAGUAUACCGGACUAGGGACUGUCACAGAAUUUAAAUAUGGACUGAAUCUCGGAAACAACAGGGAUGCCCUACACAACCUUGAAAACUUCGGAGAGGCAUGGGGAAUGCUUGCUGGAACCAAUGCGUUAUCUUUCAUCAAUAACCAUGACAACCAAAGAGGUCACGGAGGUGGCGGAAGCAUCGUGUCAUUCGAUAAUCCAUACGACCUGAAGAUCUUGACUGCCUACAUGUUGGCAUGGCCAUAUGGACAACCCCGUGUGAUGUCCAGUUACUAUUUUGACAACACUGACCAAGGUCCUCCUGGUUACCAGAGAAGCAUAGAGAGCGAUGGAAGUUGCGGAAAUGGAUGGGUUUGCGAGCAUCGUUGGAGACAAAUCAAGAACAUGUUUGCGUUCGGACAAUCCGUACAAGGGCAACCUGUUUACAACUGGUGGACAAAUGGUAACAACCAAAUUGCUUUCUCUCGUGGAAACAAAGGAUUUAUUGCAAUCAACAAAGCAGGAUAUGACAUGAGUGAAUACUUAAAUACUGGAUUGGCUGAUGGGUCUUACUGCAAUGUCAUUGAAGGAGAUUAUUAUGAUGGAAAAUGCGCGGGCGAAUGCAUCACUGUAAGUGGUGGAAUGGCCCAAAUCAACAUCUAUCAAUCUGGCGAGCCGAUACUGGCGAUCUACAGUGAUGCUAUGACAUCAGAAUGCAAUGUCGGAGGUGGCGGAGGAGCUGGCUCUGGUACUGGUGGUAAUGGAGGCGGCGGCGGCAACGUAGCAACAACCUGCACUGACUGUACUUGUGCCGACAGUGAAAAAGUAGAUUGCGGCGAAUUGGCGAGCACAGAGGCUACUUGCACUGCUUCAGGGUGCCUCUGGUGCCCCGCUGGGUCUGGUUCGACAGCCCCAUGGUGCUUUUACAAGGCCGCGGAAAGUACUGGCACGACAACGGCCCCAGGAAAUGGCGGUGGUAGCACAGGUGGAACGGGCGGCAACACUUGUACAGAUUGCACUUGCCCUGAUAAUUUGAAAGAAGAUUGUGGCGAACUCGCCAGUACAGCCGAGUCUUGCGCGGCAGACGGAUGCUUAUGGUGCCCACUUUCUACAAGAGCUGAUAUUCCGUGGUGCUUUCAACCCAUUGGAUCAAUAGGAACAAUACCUUCUCCCACAACCGCACCUGGUGGUGAAGACUCAGGUGGAACGGGCGGCAACACUUGUACAGAUUGCACUUGCCCUGAUAAUUUGAAAGAAGAUUGUGGCGAACUCGCCAGUACAGCCGAGUCUUGUGCGGCAGACGGAUGCUUAUGGUGCCCACUUUCAACAAGAGCUGAUAUUCCGUGGUGCUUCCAUCCAAUCGGAACAAUAUCUUCGACCACAGCGCCACCUGACGGUGAAGGAUCAGGUGGUGGCGGAGGAGGAGAUGUCCAAUGCUCAGACUGUUCCUGUCCUUCAGAGGCUAAGACAGAUUGUGGUUUCAUGGGAAUUACUUCGACCGAAUGCGUGAACAGUGGAUGUUUAUGGUGUCCAUCUGAAGGUACAAGUGAUCCAUGGUGUAUUCAUGUAUCUGAGAGCACUGGAGGGGGUGGCGGAGAAGUCAGCUGUUCUGUGACGGAAACUAGUCGUCAAGAAUGUGGUUAUUAUGGAAUCCAACAAAAUGAAUGCGAGAACAACGGCUGUUGCUGGGCUGAGUCCAAUCUUAGCGGAGUACCAUGGUGCUACACCGCACUCUAGAAAAUUACAUCAUCAAUGAUGAUGUAAAUACCAAUCAUGACGUCAUAUUAUCAAUAAUUGUUUUUAAAAUUUGGGAUCCAGAAUUCUUAAUAAAUGAAUCUUGAAGAAA